AUGAAGCUCCUGGGGAUUGUGUUCUUUUUCCUAGCUGUACUCUGUGUUUGCACUGUGGGAGAAGGUGGCAUUUCAACCAGUACCGUCAGUGCAACUGUUUCUGCAUCAACAUCGAAAUCUGUAACGGAAGCUGUGAACCCAUCAACUUCACGAGCACCUACAUUGCAAGCAUCAGUGCUGACAACAACUGCAAUCAGAGCUACAAAUGAAUCCAUCACAAGCAACUCCACGCCUUCUUCACCUAAUACUACACAACAAAUAACACAAGGUACAACAACACAACCACCAAUAAAAGUGACCACUACAGCAGCAGAUAAAAGUGGCAGCGCAACGAAGACUACCCAAGAAAGUGGAACACAACUGGCACAAAAUGGGAGUUUGGAUGUUUCAUCUACUAAGGCAUGGUCUCUCUCUUCUACGACCUCCCUACAAAAAAUCACUUCUGCUCCUGGAACCCCAGGCCUUCACGUGAGCUCCCCAACAGAAUCAACAACUUUUGGCAGUCCUGGAAGCAGUUCUGGAAACAAGAAAGUGCCAGAGAGUGCUAUCCACUAUUCUAGUGUUAUCUUGCCAAUUGUCAUCACCUUAAUAGUCAUUACCCUUUCUGUCUUCUCACUGGUGGCUUUGUACAGAAUGUGCCAGAAGAAAACUCCAGAGAGACAAGAGAACGGCACUGAACAGGUUCAGUCAGAUAAAGAAGGAGUCAAACUUCUUUCCGUGAAGACAACUUCUCCUGAGACCGGAGAGCACUCAUCUCAGGGGAAGAACAAAACUCGGCAGCUCUUCACACCUCAGCAAUAA